CUCAGUUUCUCGGGAGGGGAGAGCUGUGGAGGCUCUGGAGGUGCGAGAAACGUUUAACAUUAGGAUCACUGGUUUGAGGUGCUGCUGGAACACAAAGUGGAAUAACUUGCUUGGGACCCUGGUGAAUGGAAAGCAAGCAGCUUCCUUGCUGUGAGGUUGCUGGAAAUACUGUUUUGGGAAUUUUUCGCCUCAACGAAUCCCUAAAACUGCACAGUCAUGCAGACGGAAGAAAUUGAGGAAGAGUAUGAAGAGGUGGUGGAAGAGUAUGUUGUGGAGAGCUCAUCGGGGAGCAUGCAGCAAACACAGGUUACAGAGCAGGCUGGGGGCCUGCCUGUGCGGAAGGUCAAGAAGAAGAAGAAGGUGGACACCUCCAAGUUCAUGACCCCCUACCUGGCCCACAGCCAGAAGAUGCAAGAACUCUUCAGCCACAACAAGUACCGCGAGACCUAUGACAAGACCAAGGGCCAGCCCUACUUGAUCACUUCGGACACCCCUGAGAUGAUCAGAAUUAAGAAGGCACAGGAGCAGCUCAGUGAGGUGAAAUACCGCAUGGAGGGUCUGAAGGCACGUACCGUCUGCAACUAUGAUGGAGAAGCCCGAGACAUCACCCAUGUGAAGCAUGUCUCUGAGCUGGUCAGCAAGGUCUUGUAUAGGCAAAAAUGGGAUGAGACCAAGGACAGGUACAUGCUACCCCCUGAUGCCCCAGAGCUGGUGCUGGCUGUGAAGAAUGCUGCCAACUACAGCAAGAAACUGUAUACAGAGGCAUGGGAUGAGGACAAGACCAUGUACUACCCCUACAGUGACAGCCCAGAACUCCAGCGUGUGGCUAAGGCCCAGGAGAUCCUCAGUGACAUUAAGUACAAGAAGGGUCAUGAUGAACGGAAGGCCAAGUACACCUCGCUGGCUGACCCACCGGAUGUUGAACUGGCCAAGAAAGUGUUCACCCAGCGCAGUAAUCUCAAGUACCAUGAAGACUAUAACAAGAACGUUAAGGGUCAGUGGUGCGAGACGCCAUACUUUGACGUGGCUGUUGCAAGAAUGGCUAUGGACAAUCUCAGUGCUAAAAAGUAUACGGCUAACUAUGAGGAAAUCAAAGACCAGAUUUACUUCAUGCAGACGGAAACUCCAGAGUACGGCUCACAUAAGAAGGCCCGCAACGCUGCCAGCACGGUCCAAUACAAGAAGGACUAUGAGAAGACCAAAGCCGUGGCCGAUUAUAACGUCCUCCCAGCUACAGAGAACCCCCUGCUGAGACAGAUGCGAUAUGCCGGCACGAUUCUAAGUGAUAAGGUGUAUAAGGCCAGUUAUGAAAAAUCGAGAGGUUCCAGCAUCAACUAUUGUGACACCCCCAAGUUCAAAAUGGACAGCGUUCUUAAGAGCUUCUCUGAUGCACAUUAUAAAGACAAGUACGACAGUGAGGUGAAGGGACACUAUAUUGGCAGCUAUGAAGACAUAUACAUGCUUCACUGUCAGAAGAUGGAGGAGAUUAAGGGUGAUAAAAAUUAUAAAUCCGAUUAUGAAGACAUGAAGAAAAGGUGUUAUUAUCCUCAAACCAUAAGCCCUGAAUAUGAAGCCACAAAAAAAUUACAGCAGUGCAAAGAUAAAGUGUAUCGCCAACACCCUGACAAAAUCAAGUUCACUCAAGUGACGGACUCUCCAGUCCAGGUCCAGGCUACCAUCAACGCAAUACAGCUGAGCGAUCUAAAUUACAAGUCGAAGUAUGAACAAACGAAGUUUAAGUGCUCCUUGCCUCCUGAUUACCCCUUCUUUGUUCAGUCCAGAGUGAAUGCCUACAAUCUUAGUGAUAAAUGUUAUAAGCAUGACUGGGAGAAAACGAAGGCUAAGAAUUUUGAAGUGAAGUUUGACGCUAUUCCUAUCCUUGCGGCACGAGCCCAUACCAACAUUGCCAGUGACGUGAAGUAUAAGAAGGAGUAUGAGAAAGCCAAGGGACACAUGGUUGGAGCGCUCAGUAUUCAGGAUGACCCUAAGAUUCUGCACUCCGUCCAUGUGGCCAAAAUCCAGAGUGAUCGUGAGUACAAGAAGGACUAUGAGAAGAUGAAGACCAAGUUCCACACUACCUUGGACAUGAUGUUAGUCACCCUGGCCAAGAAAUCCCAGGCCAUCACCAGUAAUACGGGCUACAAGCAGCCAAACCACAACUACUUUUUGCCCUAUGACAGCUUGCCACUAGACCUGGCCAAGAAAGCCAACAUCCUCCAGAGUGAGAAUGAGUACAGGUCUGAAUACCAUAACUCCACCAAAGGCACUCCCUGGAUCCCCUUAGGAUCAAUGGAUGUGGAGAAAGCGAAGAAAGCUGGUGAGAUACUCAGCGAGAGAAAGUACAGACAGCACCCAGACACCAUCCCCUUCACUGCCAUACAGGACCACCCUGUGAUGGUUCAGGCUCAUAUCAACCAGAUUCAGAGGAGUGAUCUGAACUACAAGAAAGGCCUGGAGGCUGUCCAUCAGAAAUACUCUCUGCCCCCAGAUGUCCCAGAGCUGCUGCAAGCCAGGUGCAAUGCCUACAACAUCAGUCAGAAAAAUUACAAGGAAGAUUGGCAGAAAACCAUUGCAAAGGGGCAUGACCUGAAGAAUGACGCCAUAUCUGUCAUUGCAGCAAAGAAAGCUCGGCAUGCAGCCAGUGAUGUUCAAUAUAAGAAAGCAUACAUGAAGGACAGGGGCCAUCAUGUGGGCUUCCGCAGCCUGCAGGAUGACCCCUUACUGGUGCACUACAUGAAUGUGGCCAAGAUGCAGAGUGAUAAGAACUACAAGGCAGACUACCACCAGGCCAAGCUGAAGUACCACACUCCUGUGGACAUGCUCAGUGUUCUUCAAGCCAAGCAUGCAACAGCUGUGACCACAAAUGCUGGCUACAAACAGCUCCGCCACUUUUAUACCCUCCUACCUGAUGCCAUGCCCCUGGAGCUGGCUCGCACCAUGAACACCAUUGCCAGUGAUUACAACUACAAAUCGGAUUAUGAAAGCUCUGUCAAAGGAACAGGCUGGAUCCCGAUUGGUUCCCUCGAUGUGGAGAAAGCCAAGACGGCAGCGCGUGUUCUGGACGAGAAGAAGUACCGGCAGCACCCCGGGACCCUCAAGUUCACCAGCAUCCUAGACUCCGUGAACAUGGCUUUAGCAAUGGCCAACACCAAGCAGCUUGAUAAUAAAGCAUACAAAGCUAGCGGAGAGAAGGUCAUGCAUACCUACCACCUCCCACCAGAUACACCAGGGCUGCUGCAAGCCAAGUACAAUGCUGCCAACAUCAGCCAGACCUACUACACACACGAUCAUAAAAAAGACCUACUCAAAGGUCACCAUGUGAAAGAAGAUGCUAUUCCCAUUAUUGCUGCCAAGUCCUCCAGAGACAUCGCAAGUGAUUACAAGUACAAGCUGGCCCACGUGAAGGCAAGGGGCCGUCACGUAGGCUUCCGCAGCCUGCAGGACGACCCCUUACUGGUGCACUACAUGAAUGUGGCCAAGAUGCAGAGCGAUAAGAACUACAAGGCAGACUACCACCAGGCCAAGCUGAAGUACCACACUCCUGUGGACAUGCUCAGUGUUAUUCAAGCCAAGCAUGCAACAGCUGUGACCACAAAUGCUGGCUACAAACAGCUCCGCCACCAUUAUACCCUCCUACCUGAUGCCAUGCCCCUGGAGCUGGCUCGCACCAUGAACACCAUUGCCAGUGACUACAACUACAAAUCAGACUACGAGAGCUCUGUGAAGGGAAUGGGCUGGGUUCCUAUUGGCUCCCUGGAAGUGGAGAAGGCCAAGACAGCAGCACAUGUUCUCGAUGAAAGGAAAUACCGGCAGCAUCCUGGGACUCUCAAGUUCACCAGCCUGCUGGACUCCAUGAACAUGGCUUUGGCUAGGAGCAACACCAAACAGCUCGAUGAUACUGCUUACAAGGCCUCUGGAGAGAAAUUCAAGCACACCUAUCACCUCCCUGCUGACUGCCCUGAGUUCCUUCAGGCUAAGUUCAACGCCGUGAGUCUGAGCCAGUCCCAGUACAAGCGACAGUGGAUGGAAGACAUUGCCAAAGGAUAUGACAUGAAGCCAGAUGCUAUCCCUAUUGUUGCGGCUAAACAGGGACGACACAUUGCCAGUAACUACCAAUACAAGAAGGAGUUUAUGAAAGCCAGAGGGCAUCAUGUGGGCUUCCGCAGCCUGCAGGACGACCCCUUACUGGUGCACUACAUGGAAGUGGCCAAGAUGCAGAGUGAUAAGAACUACAAGAAGGACUAUCACCAGAUUAAGCUGAAGUACCACUCUCCUGUGGACAUGCUCAGCGUCGUUCAAGCCAAGCACGCUUCAACCGUCACCACCAACGCCGGCUACAAACAGCUCCGCCACCAUUACACGCUCCUGCCUGAUGCCAUGCACCUGGAGCUUGCUCGCACCAUGAACACCAUCUCCAGUGAUUAUGAAUACAAGAGUGACUAUAAUAGCUCUGUGAAAGGAAUGGGCUGGGUGCCCAUCGGUUCAUUGGGAGUAGAAACUGCAAAGGUUGGUGGUGAAAUACAGAGUGACAAAAAGUAUCGCACUCAUCCUUCCACGUUCAAGUACCAUAAACUGAUGGACUCCAUGGAUAUAGCCCUUGCCACUGCCAACAAUCAGAUCAUGAAUAAGAAAGCAUACACAGAAGCUUGGGAUAAAGAUAAACUCAAAGUGCACAUCAUGCCAGACAGUCCUGAGAUAGUUCUGGCAAAAGCUAACCAGAUCACCAUGAGCCAGAAACUCUACAAAGCCAGUAUGGGUGAAUUGGCCCAAAAAGGAUAUAAUCUCAAACCAGAUGCCAUCUCAGUCAAGGCUGCAAAGGCCUCCAGGGAUAUCGCCAGUGAUUAUAAGUACAAGCUGGCCUAUGUGAAGGCGAGGGGCCAUCACGUGGGCUUCCGCAGCCUGCAGGACGACCCCUUACUGGUGCACUACAUGAAUGUGGCCAAGAUUCAGAGUGAUAAGAACUACAAGGCAGACUACCAUCAGGCCAAGCUGAAGUACCACACUCCUGUGGACAUGCUCAGUGUUAUUCAAGCCAAGCAAGCUUCAGCUGUGACCACCAAUGCUGGCUACAAACAGCUCCGCCACCAUUAUACCCUCCUACCUGAUGCCAUGCCCCUGCAGCUGGCUCGCACCAUGAACACCAUUGCCAGUGAUUAUGAAUACAAGAGUGACUAUAAUAGCUCUGUGAAAGGAAUGGGCUGGGUGCCCAUCGGUUCAUUGGGAGUAGAAACUGCAAAGGUUGGUGGUGAAAUACAGAGUGACAAAAAGUAUCGCACUCAUCCUUCCACGUUCAAGUACCAUAAACUGAUGGACUCCAUGGAUAUAGCCCUUGCCACUGCCAACAAUCAGAUCAUGAAUAAGAAAGCAUACACAGAAGCUUGGGAUAAAGAUAAACUCAAAGUGCACAUCAUGCCAGACAGUCCUGAGAUAGUUCUGGCAAAAGCUAACCAGAUCACCAUGAGCCAGAAACUCUACAAAGCCAGUAUGGGUGAAUUGGCCCAAAAAGGAUAUAAUCUCAAACCAGAUGCCAUCUCAGUCAAGGCUGCAAAGGCCUCCAGGGAUAUCGCCAGUGAUUAUAAGUACAAGCUGGCCUAUGUGAAGGCGAGGGGCCAUCAUGUGGGCUUCCGCAGCCUGCAGGACGACCCCUUACUGGUGCACUACAUGGAAGUGGCCAAGUUGCAGAGUGAUAAGAACUACAAGAAGGACUAUCACCAGAUCAAGCUGAAGUACCACUCUCCUGUGGACAUGCUCAGCGUCGUUCAAGCCAAGCACGCUUCAACCAUCACCACCAACGCCGGCUACAAACAGCUCCGCCACCAUUACACUUUCCUGCCUGAUGCCAUGAACCUGGAGUUGGCUCGCACCAUGAACACCAUAGGUAGUGAUAAUGUCUACAAAAGUGACUACAAUAAUUAUGUCAAAGGAAUUGGAUGGGUCCCCAUUGGUUCUGUGGAGGUGGAGAAAGCAAAGACAGCUGCUGCCAUUCACAGUGAAAAACUGUACCGCCAGCACCCGAGCAAGUUCAAAUUCACAAGAGACACAAAGGGAAUGGACCUGGUUCUGGCCUCUUCAAAUUCUCAGAUCCUCAACAAGAAAUCUUACACUGAGGCCUGGGAGAAAGACAAGACCAAGGUGCAUAUGAUGCCAGAUUCAAUGGAAGUAACCCUGGCCCGACAGAACAAGAUCACCUACAGCGAGAAACAGUACAAGCUUGCUAAUGAACUAGCUAAGAAGAAGGGCCAUAACCUGCGCCAAGAUGCCAUCUCCGUUCUUGCUGCUAAAGCCUCAAGGGAUAUUGCCAGCGAUUACAAGUACAAGGCAGGCUACCGUAAACAGGUUGGGCACCACAUCGGGGCACGCAGCAUCCAAGAUGACCCCUUGCUCAUGCUGGCUUUGAACUCAGCCAAAAUCGCUAGUGAUGCUUUGUACAAGAAGGAUUUCAACCAGUCCAAGACUAAAUUCCACCUGCCAGUGGACAUGUUGAUCAUUGAGUUGGCUAAGAAGAACCAGAUCCAAGCAAAUGACGCCAACUAUAGAACUUACCUGCACAACUGGACCUGCCUGCCUGACUCCAAUGAUGUUGUCCAGGCGAGGAGGGUCUAUGAUCUGCAGAGCGAUGCUGUGUACAAGGCUGACCUGAGAUGGCUUAAAGGUCUUGGCUGGGUCCCCAUUGGCUCACUUGAAGUUGAGAAAGUGAAAAAGGCUAACGAGAUCCUGACUGACAAGUUGUACCGCCAGCACCCCAGCAACUUCAGAUUUACAAGCUCAACCCAAGACAUGUCAAUGGUUCUGGCUAAAGCUAAUGCACAAAUUGGCAGCAAGCAACUGUACAAUGAGGCCUGGGAGAAGGAUAAGACGAAAGUGCACAUCAUGCCAGACUCAAUGGAGGUGACUCUUGCUCGACAGAACAAGGUUAUCUACAGUGAGAAACAAUACAAACUUGCUAAUGAACUAUCUAAGAAGAAGGGCCACAACCUGCGCCAUGAUGCCAUCUCUGUCCUUGCCGCUAAAGCCUCCAGGGAUAUUGCUAGUGAUUACAAGUACAAGGCAGGCUACCGUAAGCAAGUUGGACACCACAUUGGAGCACGCAGCAUCCAAGAUGACCCCUUGCUCAUGCUGGCUUUGAACUCGGCCAAAAUCGCUAGUGAUGCUUUGUACAAGAAGCACUUCAAUGAGUCCAAGACUAAAUUCCACCUGCCAGUGGACAUGUUGAUCAUUGAGUUGGCUAAGAAGAACCAGAUCCAAGCCAACGAUGCUAACUACAGAACAUACUUGCACAACUGGACCUGCCUGCCCGACUCCAAUGAUGUUGUCCAAGCAAGGAAGGUCUAUGACCUGCAGAGCGAUGCUGUGUACAAGGCUGACCUGAGAUGGCUUAAAGGUCUUGGCUGGGUCCCCAUUGGCUCACUUGAAGUUGAGAAAGUGAAAAAGGCUAACGAGAUCCUGACUGACAAGUUGUACCGCCAGCACCCCAGCAACUUCAGAUUUACAAGCUCAACCCAAGACAUGUCAAUGGUUCUGGCUAAAGCUAAUGCACAAAUUGGCAGCAAGCAACUGUACAAUGAGGCCUGGGAGAAGGAUAAGACAAAAGUGCACAUCAUGCCAGACUCAAUGGAGGUGACUCUUGCUCGACAGAACAAGGUUAUCUACAGUGAGAAACAAUACAAACUUGCUAAUGAACUAUCUAAGAAGAAGGGUCACAACCUGCGCCAUGAUGCCAUCUCUGUCCUUGCCGCUAAAGCCUCCAGGGAUAUUGCUAGUGAUUACAAGUACAAGGCAGGCUACCGUAAGCAAGUUGGACACCACAUUGGAGCACGCAGCAUCCAAGAUGACCCCUUGCUCAUGCUGGCUUUGAACUCGGCCAAAAUCGCUAGUGAUGCUUUGUACAAGAAGCACUUCAAUGAGUCCAAGACUAAAUUCCACCUGCCAGUGGACAUGUUGAUCAUUGAGUUGGCUAAGAAGAACCAGAUCCAAGCCAACGAUGCUAACUACAGAACAUACCUGCACAACUGGACCUGCCUGCCUGACUCCAAUGAUGUUGUCCAAGCAAGGAAGGUCUAUGACCUGCAGAGCGAUGCUGUGUACAAGGCUGACCUGAGAUGGCUUAAAGGUCUUGGCUGGGUCCCCAUCGGCUCACUUGAAGUUGAGAAAGUGAAAAAGGCUAACGAGAUCCUGACUGACAAGUUGUACCGCCAGCACCCCAGCAACUUCAGAUUUACGUGCACAACCCAAGACAUACCAAUGGUUCUGGCUAAAGCUAAUGCAGAAAUUGGGAGCAAGCGUUUGUACAAUGAAGCCUGGGAGAAGGAUAAGACAAAAGUGCACAUCAUGCCAGACUCAAUGGAGGUGACCCACGCACGACAGAACAAGAUCAUCUACAGUGAGAAACAAUACAAACUUGCUAAUGAAGAAGCUAAGAAGAAGGGCCACAACCUGCGCCAUGAUGCCAUCUCUGUCCUUGCCGCUAAAGCCUCCAGGGAUAUUGCUAGUGAUUACAAGUACAAGGCAGGCUACCGUAAGCAAGUUGGACACCACAUUGGAGCACGCAGCGUCCAAGAUGACCCCUUGCUCAUGCUGGCUUUGAACUCAGCCAAAAUCGCUAGUGAUGCUUUGUACAAGAAGCACUUCAAUGAGUCCAAGACUAAAUUCCACCUGCCAGUGGACAUGUUGAUCAUUGAGUUGGCUAAGAAGAACCAGAUCCAAGCAAAUGACGCCAACUAUAGAACUUACCUGCACAACUGGACCUGCCUGCCCGACUCCAAUGAUGUUGUCCAAGCGAGGAGGGUCUAUGAUCUGCAGAGCGAUGCUGUAUACCAGGCUGACCUGAAAUGGCUUCGAGGUUUGGGCUGGGUGCCCAUUGGGUCGCUGGAUGUGGAGAAGGCCAAGAAGGCCGCUGAGAUCCUGAGCGAGAGAAACUACCGCCAGCACCCGAGCAACUUCAGAUUCACCAGCAAAACAGACUCAGUGCCCAUUGCUCUGGCUAAAGCCAAUGCUUCAAUAAUCAACAAGCGUCUGUACACCGAAGCAUGGGAAAAAGAGAAGGUUAAAGUCCACCUCAUGCCCGACACACCUGAGAUUGUGCUGGCCCAGCAAAACAAGCUCAACACCAGCCUGAAACAUUACAAACAAGGAUACGAAGAUACUAUCAGAAAGGGAUACCACCUGCCCAAAGAUGCUGUGUCAGUCCUGGCUGCUAAAGCCUCCAGGGACAUCGCCAGUGAUUACAAGUACAAGACUGGUUACCGUAAGCAAGUUGGACACCACAUCGGGGCACGCAGCAUCCAAGAUGACCCCUUGCUCAUGCUGGCUUUGAACUCGGCCAAGAUCGCCAGUGACGCUUUGUACAAGAAGAACUUCAACGAGUCCAAGACUAAAUUCCACCUGCCAGUGGACAUGCUGAUCAUUGAGUUGGCUAAGAAGAACCAGAUCCAAGUAAAUGAUGCUAACUACAGAACAUACCUGCACAACUGGACCUGCCUGCCCGACUCCAAUGAUGUUGUCCAAGCAAGGAAGGUCUAUGACCUGCGCAGUGAUGCUGUCUACAAGGCUGACAUGGAAUUCAUGAGGGGAGUUGGCUGGGUCCCCAUCGGCUCGCUGGAUGUGAUAAAGGCCAAGAAAGCAGCAGAGAUCCUGAGUGAUCGCACCUACCGGCAGAAGCCAGACACUUUCAAAUACACAACUGACAUGCAGUCGAUGCCAAUGGUCCUGGCCAAGACAAAUGCUGACAUAAUGAACAAGCGCCUGUACAAUGAAGCAUGGGAAAAGGAUAAGACCAAGGUUCACCUGAUGCCAGAUAUACCCGAGGUCAUUCUUUCAAAAGCCAACGCUGCAAACAUCAGCAAGAAACUUUACCGCCAAGCAUUUGAGGAGACUAUCAGGAAGGGCCAUGACAUCAAACCAGAUGCUAUAUUCAUCAAAGCUGCAAAGGCUUCCAGGGACAUUGCCAGUGAUUACAAGUACAAGACUGGUUACCGUAAGCAAGUCGGACACCACAUCGGGGCGCUCAGCGUUCAAGAUGACCCCUUGCUCAUGCUGGCUUUGAACUCAGCCAAGAUCGCCAGUGAUGUUUUGUACAAGAAGGAUUUCAACAAGUCCAAGACUAAAUUCCACCUGCCAGUUGACAUGCUGACCAUUGAGUUGGCCAAAAAGUGCCAGAUUCAAGUCAAUGAUGCCAAUUACAGAACCUACCUACACAACUGGACUUGCCUGCCGGACUCCAAUGAUGUCGUCCAGGCCAGGAAGGUCUAUGACCUGCGCAGUGACGCUAUUUACAAAGCUGACAUGGAGUGGAUGCGGGGCGUGGGCUGGGUGCCCAUUGGGUCACUGGAUGUGGAGAAAGCCAAGAAGGCAGCUGAGAUCCUGAGUGAAAGGAAGUACCGCCAGCACCCAAGCAACUUCAAGUUCACCAGCAAAACGGACUCAAUGCCCAUUGCUCUGGCUAAAGCCAAUGCUGCAGUAAUGAACAAGAGAGCUUACAUUGAGGCCUGGGAGAAUGACAAGACCAAAGUCCACAUCAUGCCCGACACGCCCGAGAUUCUUCUGGCCCAGCAAAACAAGCUCAACACCAGCCUGAAACACUACAAAGAAGGCUUUGCAGAUGUUAUCCGCAAAGGUUAUUUCCUGCCCAAGGAUGCCAUCUCUGUCAUUGCUGCUAAAGCCUCCAGGGAUAUUGCUAGUGAUUACAAAUACAAAGCAGGCUACCGUAAACAACAAGGACAUCACAUUGGAGCACUCAGCAUCCAGGAUGACCCUUUGAUUAUGAUGGCCUUGAAUUCAGCCCGUAUUGGCAGCGACAUUCUAUACAAGCAAGAAUUCAACAAGACCAAGACUAAAUUCCAUAUCCCAGUUGACACGCUGAUCAUUGAGAUGGCCAAGAAAUGCCAGAUCCAAGCCAAUGAUGCCAACUAUAGAACAUACCUGCACAACUGGACCUGCUUGCCCGACUCAAAUGAUGUUGUCCAAGCCAGGAAGGUUUAUGACCUGCGCAGUGACGCGGUGUACAAAGCUGACCUAGAGUGGUUAAGAGGCUGUGGCUGGAUGCCCCAGGGUUCCCUGGAUGUCAACAAAGCCAAAAAUGCUCAGGUCAUCCUCAAUGAUAGGCUGUACCGCCAGCAUCCCAGCACUGUCAAGUUUACCAGUGUCGUUGACCUGCCUGCCAUCGUCCUGUCCAAGCAAAAUGCUGACAACCUCAGCAAUAUGAAAUACACAGCAAAAUGGGAGAAGGACAAGACCUCCAUACAUAUCAUGCCUGACACACCUGCGAUUGAACUGGCUAAGGCCAAUUCCAUCAAUAUCAGCAAUAAAUUAUACACGCACGCCUGGGACACUCAGAAAGCCAAAGCGUACCACAUUAAAGAAGAUGCUGUCUCCGUUUUGAAGGCCAAAGCUUCUAGAGAUAUUGCUAGUGAUUACAAGUACAAGACUGGUUACCGCAAGCAAGUUGGACACCACAUCGGGGCACGCAGCGUUCAAGAUGACCCCUUGCUCAUGCUGGCUUUGAACUCAGCCAAGAUCGCCAGUGAUGCUUUGUACAAGAAGGACUUCAACAAGUCCAAGACUAAAUUCCAUCUUCCAGUGGACAUGCUAACCAUUGAGCUGGCCAAGAAGUGCCAGAUCCAAGUCAAUGACGCCAACUAUAGAACUUACCUGCACAACUGGACCUGCCUGCCCGACUCCAGUGAUGUUGUCCAAGCCAGAAAAGCCUAUGAUCUUCAGAGUGAUGCUGUCUACAAGUCUGACAUGGAGUGGCUGAAAGGUAUCGGGUGGAUUCCACAUGAGUCUGUGGAAGUAAUAAAGGUGAAGAAUGCUCAGAAGAUCCUCGCUGAUAGAGGCUACCGCGUCAAACUGGACGAGCAGAAGUUCGUCGCCCCUGUGGACAGGGUGGACCUGGUCUGUGCCAAAAAUGCAGCUGAGGUCCUAAACGACAUAAAAUAUCGUGAGAAAUGGCACCACGACAAAGUCAAGUACACCAUGUUGGACACCCCUCUUCUGGCCACAGCGAGAGAGAACGCCAAGAACGUCAACCAGAAACUGUACAGCAAAGAGUGGGACAAGACAAAAGCCACCAGCUACUUCAUGCCCGGAGAUGCUGUGGGCAUCAAGCAGAGCAUUCACACCACCCGAAUUCAGAGUGAUUACCAGUACCAUACAGGGUACCGCAAGCAAGUCGGACACCACAUUGGGGCGCUCAGUAUCCAAGAUGACCCCUUGCUCAUGCUGGCUUUGAACUCAGCCAAGAUCGCCAGUGAUGCUUUAUACAAGAAAGACUUCAACAAGUCCAAGACUAAAUUCCACCUGCCAGUGGACAUGCUAGCCUUCGAGCUGGCUAAGAAGUGUCAGAUUCAAGUCAAUGAUGAUAACUACAGAACUCGUUUGCACAACUGGACCUGCCUGCCAGACCAGAAUGAUGUCAUCCAGGCCAGGAAAGCUUAUGAUCUUCGCAGUGAUGUUGUCUACAAAUCAGACCUGGAGUGGAUCCGUGGAUGUGGCUGGGUGGCAAUGGACUCGGUGGAUCACGUCAAAGUGAGAAACGCCCAGAAGGUCCUCAAUGACAGGGCUUAUAAGAAAGAUGCCCAGGAGAACUUUGGGAAAUACAGCCUCAUUGUGGAUCGUCCAGAAAUCGUCCUGGCCAAGAUCAAUGCUGCCAACCUGAGUGAUCUGAAGUACAAGGAGUCCUUCAAUCUGGAGAAGGGAAAGUAUCUAGGAUCAGAGGAUACACCCCAUCUGGCUCACUGUAGAGAAGUGGCCAAGAACAUCAGCGAGACGGCCUACAAAUCAGAAUGGGAUGGCACCAAAGCCACAAGCUACCAGCUGAAUCAUCAAUACCUCCCUCUGCUGGGCGCAAAACACAACAGGGAGGUCGCCAGUGAUGUGAAAUACAAGACAGCCCAUGAGAAGGCAAAGGGCCAUUACUUGGCCAACAUUGCUGCAGACUUCCCUGAGGUUGUUCGUGCUGCUCAUGUGGAGAAGAUGAAGAGCCUGAGAACCUACCACAAAGGCUAUGAGGAGACCAAGACUAAGCUUCACAUCCCCGUCGAUAUGAUAAGCCAUGUGGUGGCUAAACGAUGCCAGGAUAUCCUAAGCGAAGUCCAGUACCGCACCUACCUGCACCAGUGGACCUGCCACCCUGACCAGAAUGACGUCAUCCGUGCCCGAGCAUCCAAUGAGAUCCUGAGUGAUGUUUUCUACAAAGAUGACCUCAACUGGAUGAAGGGUAUUGGCUGCUACGUCUGGGACACACCUGAGAUCGUCCGUGCCAAGAAGGCCUACGAGCUGCAGAGUGACCUCAAGUACAAAGCUGAGGGAAAGAAAGAAUUCAAUAACUACUCCAUCGUUACGGACACCCCAGUCUAUGUCACUGCCAUCCUGGGCCACACCUGGGCCAGUGAGCUAAACUACAGGGAAGCUUACAACAAUGAAAAGCACAUAUACACCACCAUUUUGGACACCUUUGACUACGCACGAUGCCAUAACCUGAAGUCUCUCUACAGCAAUAAAUCAUACAGAGACGCCUGGGACAAGAUCAAGGCCAAGAGCUACAGUUUGCCUCCGGAUUCCCAUUCCCUGACCCAUGCCAAACAACAGAAAGUGAUUCUGAGCAACAUAAAGUACCGAGAGGACUAUGAGAAAUUCAAAUUCCUCUACACCUUGCCCAAAUCCCUGGAGGACGAUCCCAGCACGGCCAGGUGUAUCCGCGUUGGCAAGCUGUCCCUUGAUCGCCUGUACAAGGAUCAGUAUGAGAAGACAAAGGCUAAGGUGCACGUGCCUCCCGACAUGCUGGAGGUGGUGGCUGCCCGCGACACUCAGAAAGUAGUCAGCGAGAUUGACUACCGCAAGUACCUGCACCAGUGGAUCUGCCUGCCUGACAUGCAGAUGUACGUCCAGGCCCGCAAGGUCAACGAGCAGCUAAGCGAUAUCUUCUACAAAGACGACAUGAACUGGAUGAAGGGGAUUGGCUGCUACGUGUGGGACACACCCGAGAUCCUGCGUUGCAAGCAUGCUGUCGAACUGCAGAGCGAGAACAAAUACAGAGCUAAAGGUGUGGAGCAGUUUAAGGAUUACUCAGUUGUGCUGGAGACCCCCGUCUACGACACCUGCAAGCUGAGCGCCAUCAACCUGAGCGAUCUCCAUUACCGCCAGGAUUAUGCUGCCAACAUCAAGGGCACCAACACCGCUCCCGCCGUCACUAUAGACACGGAGAGGGCAAAGAUGGCCAACAACAUUCAGAGUGAUAUCCUCUACAAAGAUGCCAACAACAAGUUCAUGCCCACUGGCUACUCCCUCCCUGCGGACACUCCACUGAUCAAGCAAGCCAAGGCCAACAGCAUCACUAGCAGCAAUGUGAAGUACAAGGAAGCAUAUGACCUAAUGAAGGCCAAGAACUACACCCUUGAUCCAAACGGUGUCAGCUUUGUCAACUAUAGGAAAGCCAACGAGGUCACCAACAACCGCCUGUACCGUGAGAAGUAUGAGAAGGAAAAAGACAAGAUCCACUCCACCUACGACACGCCAGAGAUUAGACAGGUCAAGGCCACCCAAGAGGCCAUCAGUGAUCUGUGCUACAAGGAGAAGUACUACAACAACAGAGGACAGCUCAUCUCCAUGCCUAUCACCCCUGAACUGAUGCACUGCCAACACGUCAAUGAGAUCACCAGUGAUAUCAAAUACAAAGAAGACCUGCAGUGGCUAAAGGGCAUCGGCUGCUUCCUGUACGACACGCCUGAGAUGGUGCACGUCCGCAACAUCACCAAGUUCCAGUCCGGAUACACCAUUGAGGCAAAGAAGCUGCAUGGCAAGGCAUCUGUGGUGCUUGAAACACCGGAAUACAACCGUGUGGCGGAGCUCAAACUCCACAUGAGCGAUCUGGUGUACAGAGCCCAAGGCAAUGAGCAGAAGACAAAGUGCACAACCACAGCUGACAGUGUGGAAAUGAAGAGAGCCAAGUGGGCACAGGAAUUGACCAAUAAGUACAUGUACACUGACCUGGCCUCCAAAGAGCGGGCCUACUUCACUCCAGAGAUUGACACUCCGACCAUGGAGCACUCCCGCUACAUGAAGGUGGUCGCCAGCGGGAAUAAAUACAAGAGUCAGUAUGAGAAGAUGAAGCACAGAUACACCGCUAUCGCUGACACACCCAUACUGGUGCGAGCCAAGAAAGCCUACCUGAAUGCCAGUGAUCUGCGCUAUAAGGAGACCUUCGAGCUGGCCAAGGGCCACUACCACACCGUGAAGGACGCUCUGGACAUCAUCUACCACCGCAAGGUCACAGACGACAUCAGUGAGGUCAAAUACAGAGAGAAGUACAUAAACUCACUGGGUCUGUGGAGGUCCAUCCCUGACCGUCCAGAGUUCUUCCACCACAGGAUCGUGGGUGAUGCCGUCAGCAAUAUCAAAUACAAGGAGGACCUGGACUGGCUGAAGGGUAUUGGCUGCUACGUUUGGGAUACCCCUGAACUGGUGCAAGCAGAGAGGAACAAGAACCUCUACAGUGAGAGGAUAUACAAAUCAUCUUUUGAGAAGAACAGAGCCAACUUCAAGUAUACCAGUGAUACUCCAUUCUUCCAAACUGCCAAGUUUGCCUCCACUCUUAUCAAUGAUAGGUCAUACAGGGCUGCCUAUGAAAAGAGCAAAGACAAGUACACUGUUGUGGUUGAUGAUCCCAGGAACCUUCUGGCCAAGCAGGCCAACAAGAUGAGCCAGUGGAAGUAUAGGGAGCAGUAUGAGCACUCCAAGGACAAGUUCACGCCCGUGCUGGACACACCCGAACACCAGAAACACCUGCGCAUUAAGCAGAACAGCGAUAUCAAGUACAAGAUGGAAUACAACAGGAACAAGGCUAAGGGCUACACUCUGCCCCACGACACCCCCAUCCAUCAGCACAUGAAGAAGGUCCACGAAAUCCAAAGCAUGCUGAAAUACAAGGAGGUGUACGAGAAGAACAAAACUCACAUCAACAUGGACCCAGAGGCGUACGACAUCCGUGCCGCAAAGGAGGCCUACAAGAACAUCAGCAAUCUGGAUUACAAGAAGAAAUACGAGGCCACCAAGAACAAGUGGAUCUGGACCGUAGAUAGGCCAGACUUUGUCCAUGCUGUGAAGACCUCUUUCCAGCAGAGCGAUAUUGAGUACAAGUACGACAAGGAGAUGCUGAAAGGCUGCAAGAUCUCUGUAGCGGAUGACAAGUACACAACCCUGGCCAAGCACAACAGCGAGUUGGCCAGCGAUGUGAAAUACAAGGAGAAAUAUGAGAAGUCAAAGGGCAGCUAUAUGGCAGUCCUGGACACCCCCCAGAUCCUCCAUGCUAAAUCUGUAGCCUCCCUGGUGUCAGAGAGUAAAUACAAAGAGGCCAGUAAGAAGGAACUUCAGUCUGGCUCUUUCACCACCCUAGCUGAGACCCGUGACACAGCCCACAGCAAGGAAAUAGGCAAAAUCGUGAGCGGGAAAUUGUAUAAGGAGAAAUUUGAGAAAGAAAAAGGCAAGUCAAAGUACAACAGCAUGCUGGUCCCACCAGAUGUGAAGCACGCAAUGGAUGUUGCGAAGACCCAGAGCAAUGUGGCUUAUAAGCAGGAGGCCAAGGCCAAGUUGCACUACACCCCUGUGGCCGACCGCCCUGACAUCAAGAGGGCCACUCAGGUCGCCAAGCUCGUGAGCGAGGUGGGCUACCGUGAGAAGGCCCGUAUGGAGGCCAGGCGCGGAGGGUCCCUGAAGGAACGUCCUGACAUUACUCUGGCUACCGAGGUGUCCAAGCUGACCAGCGAGGUUGAAGGGAGGCCGUCCCUCCACGGAGCCGCCUCCAUCGACACCCCCCAGAUGCGUCACAUUAAGAAAAUGAGUUCCCUGAUUAGUGAUAUCAAGUACAAGGAGAAGUUUGACAAGGAGAUGAAGGGAAAGAAGCCACAGUAUGACCUGAAGAGCAGUAAGGUGUAUCAGACAAUGAAGGAGGCCAACGUUCUGGCCAGUGAGGUGAAGUAUAAAGAAGGCCUGAAGAAGAUCCACAAGCCAGUGACGGACAUGGCUGAAUCUCUUGCCAUGCAACACAGCCUGAGCACCAGCAAGCUGUCCAGUGAUGUCAAGUACAAGGAGAAGUAUGUGAAGGAGAGGGGCAAGGCCAUGUUGGACUUUGAGACACCCACCUAUGUGACAGCCAAGGAAGCCCAGCAUAUGCAAAGCCAGAUAGAGUACAAGAAGGCGCUGGAGCUAGAGAUCAAGGGCAAAGGAAUGUUGGCUUUGGCUACAGACACCCCUGACUUCAUGAGGGCAAGGAAUGCUACAGACAUCCUCAGUCAGACCAAGUACAAGCAGACAGCAGAGCAUGACCGUUCCAGCUACACCUCUGUGAUCGACACCCCAGACAUAAUUCACGCUCAGCAGAUCAGAAACAUUGUCAGCCAGAAAAAGUACAAGGAGGAGGCCGAGAAGACCAUGUCUCACUACGUGCCGGUUCUGGACACUCCAGAGAUGCAGAGAGUGCGCGAGAACCAGAAGAACUUCAGCACUGUAUUGUAUAAGGACAUUUCCCUGAAAGGAACGCCCGUGGUGUCCACUCCAGAGCUGGAGCGGGUCAAGCGCACCCAGGAACACAUUAGCUCGGUGCUGUACUCCGACAGCUUCCGCAAGCAGGUGCAGGGCAAGGCCGCCUUUGUCCUGGACACCCCUGAGAUGAGGCGUGUCAAGGAGACCCAGCGCAUCAUCUCUGGAGUAAAGUACCACCAGGAGUUCCAGAAGAGCAAGGGCAGUUUCACUCCCGUGGUGACGGACCCAGUGACAGAGCGUGUGAAGAAAAACACACAGGACUUCAGCGACAUCAGCUACCGUGGAAUCCAGAGGCGUGUGGUAGAGAUGGAGAGGAGGAGGACCAUUGAACACGACCAGGAGACCAUCACAGACCUGCGUGUCUGGCGUACAAACCCUGGCUCUGUCUUUGACUAUGACCCAGCUGAGGACAACAUCCAGUCCAGGAGUCUCCAUAUGAUGUCAGUCCAGGCGCAGCGGCGCAGUAAGGAGCACUCACGCUCCACCAGCGCCAUGAGCGCCGGGGACGAGAAGUCCGAGGUCUCCGAGAACGUGGACCAUCACCUGUCCCUGUACAGUGAGGGCUUCGCUACCUCCUCCAUUGGCUACCAGCAGGCCAAGACUGUGGAGCUGCAGCAGAGGUCCUCCUCUGUGGCCACCCAGCAAACUACUGUGUCCUCUGUCCCCUCCCAACCCUCCACCACUGGGAAAACUGUGCGUGCCAUGUACGACUACGCUGCCGCAGACAACGACGAGGUGUCUUUCAAGGAUGGCGAUGUCAUUGUGAAUGUGCAGUCCAUCGACGAGGGCUGGAUGUAUGGCACCGUGCAGCGCACUGGCAAGACAGGCAUGCUGCCGGCCAAUUAUGUUGAGGCCAUCUAAAAGGAAGCCCCGCCCCCCCCCACUACGCCCAGAGCAGGCAUCCCACACAGUCAUGGAGACAAAAGCUUGCCAUGUAUUCCCGUCUUGGAUAGUUAAAUGAGAUGGGCUACAUAGAUUCUUUUAAUGGGUAGUGUUAAAUAUUACAAAGCAAUGUAACAGGGCAAAAUAGUUGUGAUGUAGUGAAAUACAUCAUCAUAUCUAUAAAAAACAUUUUGUUUGAUGCCUGUUUUUCCCUUCCUCCAUGGGGAUGGAAUGUAUGGGGGUGCUGAUGAACUUUCUAACCAAAUAAAUAACCUAUUAUACAUAUAUUUAUAUAUAUACUCUUGUAGAUUACACAACCUUUCCUAAACAUUGACUAUCUAGAAAUCUCCUGAAGUGACGCCCAUUAUUUUGUAUAUGAAAGGCAGGCACCAUAUUUACUACCAAGAUGAACUAAAAUGUGUCAAUAUUUGAAAUCUUUGAACAUUCACACACAAGAAGAAAUGGUCUUACCUGCUGUACACAAACUUUUCUAUGUUUUGAAUGAACAUGUAAAAAAAAAUCUGGCUGAACAAAUUGAAAAGAAGGAAAAUGUGAAAAAAAUGCAGACCUGGAGGAGACAGCAGCUCCUUAGAAUCAAACCAGUUUGAAGAGUUAAGAGAAGCCUCUUCCCUCCUUUUGCUGAAGGCUGGCCACUAGUGCAUGUGUGUUUGGUUCUUCCAGUUACCUGGGCCUGGGGGUGAAGGAAGCCAUGUACCUGAAACAGUAGCUAAUAAAACACACUGAGUUUCCGCAGCA